AUGACAAAGCAUCACCAUAUUGACGUCGCGGAAACGGUCCAAGAUCACCGAAACUUGCUCGACUGGUCGGUGACCAAUGAGACUGGAGGAGUCCAACAUCACCUGCCAAUCAGCAUGCGGUUCAAUGAUGGACACAGAUUGAGUAUAGCUGUGUACAGUGUACUCAUGGUGUUUUCCGCCGUUGCUAACAUAACCGUUUUGGUGCUGUUGGCUAAAAGAAGAAAGCAAUCGCCGAGUAAGAUCAACACGAUGUUGAUGCAUCUGGCGAUAGCGGACUUACUGGUGACUUUCCUGAUGAUGCCUCGAAAUAGCGUGGGCAUCGACUGUCCAAUGGAAGGCUGGAGACAUCAUGUGCCGGAUCAUGAUGUUCUUCAGGACUUUCGGACUAUAUCUCUCUAGUUUCGUCCUUGUAUGUAUAAGUGUUGACAGAUUUUACGCUGUUCUAAAACCCUUACAUUUGGCAGCUAUAGAUAGACGAGAGAAAAUGUUGCUGAUGAGUGCAUGGAUAGGGGCAGUGCUAUGCAGUGCACCACAG